AUGGCCCCGCGGGCCCUGCUGCUGCUGCUGCUGCCGCUGCUGCCGCUGCUCGGGGGCUCCGCCGCGCGCCCCGCGCCCGCCCGGGCCCCCCGGCACUCGGACGGGACGUUCACCAGCGAGCUCAGCCGCCUGCGGGAGAGCGCGCGGCUGCAGCGGCUGCUCCAGGGCCUGGUCGGGAAGCGCAGCGAGCAGGACCCCCAGAACAGCACGUCCUGGACCAAGUCUGCCGAGGGGCCCUUCUGCCUGCUGUGGUCCAACGCGCCCGCCCUGCAGGCCUGGACGCCCCUGAGGGCCCCCCUGGAUCAGGCCUGGUCCCCCAGGCUGCCUCCCAGACCGAGGUCCGCAGUCCUGGCUUCCCGCCCGGGGGUCCCUGCGGAGACCCAGAUGCGGCUGUGA